GGUGGCUGCUCCAGCGGGGGAGGUGGGAAGUGCCAAAGGCGGCGGUACCCCCUUCCCGCCCCCCCCCCUCCGCCGCAGCACAUGGGAAGCAAAAGUUUUCCUCCUCCUGCUGCUCCUGUUCGGUGCCCUCCGCCGGCUGCCCUCUCCCCGCAGCCCCCCGGGCCGCCCCCCGGGCCGAGUAUGCGGCUGCUCCGCUCGGACACCGAUGUUCCGAUGGACAGCGAGGAGUAGAGCCCGGCAGGAGCCUCUCCAGGGCUGGGAGAGAGCGAAGGCGAGCCUGCAAUCGUAUCUUCCGGAGGGAUCUGAGAGUUUGCGGAGGAAAGGGGCUGUUGGGCGGAAAGAAUCAGAUGCUCUAGCAUCGCCGGCGAGGCAGCGCUGCAUCGCUGCGCUCCGGCCCCGCCAUGGGCACCGGGAUGUGCUCGAGGAGGCAGAAGGGGCUGCUGCAGACCGCCUUCUGCCUGGCCACCGUGGCCUGCCUGACCUCCGGAGUUUUCCUCUACAACCACUUGCAGCAGAAGGUGCGGAACGCCGAAGCGCUGUCGCAGAAAUACAAACAGCAGCAGGAAGCACUGUCAGCCCAGCUCCAAGUGGUGUACGAGCACCGGUCCCGGCUGGAGCGAUCCCUGCAGAAGGAGCGAGGGGAGCACAAGAAGACAAAGGAAGAUUUUUUAGUGUACAAGUUAGAAGCUCAGGAAGCUCUCAACAAGGAGAAGCAAGACUCCAUGAACAGAUACGGAGCCCUCAGUUCCCAGCACAAGAUCCUGAAGAACCAGCACGACGAUGUCAAGAAGCAGCUGCUGGACCUGCAGCUGCAGCACAACAGCCUGAAACUGGAGCACCGUAAGAGCCUGGAGACCCACAGCCAGAAAUUCACCCAGCUGCAGCAGGAGAAGGACAGCGAGGUCACCAACCUGCAGGAUACUGUGUUUAAACUCAGAGAAGAGAGCAAGCUCCUCAGGAAGGCUCACCAGGAGGUUCACUCCCAGCUCCUCAAUGCCCAGGCCCAGAUGGAAGAGUUCAGGCAGCUCAAGGAAGCUCUCCAGAAGAUGCCAGGCUUGAGAGGAGGAGGAGGAGCUGGGAAGGGGCAGCAGCCCCUGGUGCCAGCCAGCAGCCAGCUGCAGCUGGGGAGACAGAAGUCUUUCCAGGCCAGCCAAGAGAACCAUCCCACGCUGCCCUCAGCGGUGCCCAGUGCUCAGCAGCUGGCAGGACAGGGAUCUUCCAGACAUGAUGGCCCCAGGCCACAGCCACAUGUGCCCUUCAGUCAGCCAGCCCCAGCACAGGGUGCCAAUUCACUGCCAGAGGCCGUGCCAGCCUGGCCAGUGCGGCUUGGGGACAGCCAUGUGGUCAGGUUCACCCGCACCAUGAACAGCUUGCCCAACGGGAACCCAGAUGUGAAGAUGGUGAUGCGCAUCCAGGUGCGAAGCCAUGAGGAAAGCCAGGCUCCUGGGCUGUCCCUGGCUGAUCCAGGACGACCCUCUCCAGCAGAAAAGCCUCCAGUACCAGAUAACCACCACUCAGCAGGGAUCAGACAGGUGCAAAUGCAAAGCUGGAAGGACCUCGUUAGCAAGGUGAACGUCCAGAUGGACGAGGAACAAGUGCAUGGGUAUCCCAAGGACCUUCAGUUUGCCCCCAAGGCUGGGCAGAAGGUACAGAGAGGCAGCCCCCAGCCCCCCAGCCUGAGGAGAGGGGCAGAGCAGGCAGCAGAGGAGAGGGUGGAUGAGGAGGAGCUGGAAAUGGAUGCAGGAGUGAUCAACAGGGAGGAGAACAUGCACUCACAGAAAGAGGCCGUGGUCCAGGAGCCCAUGAUGCCAGUUGAUGCUGCAGAUCCUGCCCAGGACCCCAAUAACCAAGGUGAGGAUGAGUUUGAGGAGGCUGAGCUGGAGAGACCUGACUUUGAAGAGAAGAUAGGAGGCUCAGAGAAGUUUAAGGAGCCCAGCAUUAAAGAAGAGUCAAAGGAGAAAUCGCCAAAGGAUGCUGCCAGACCUCCCAAGCCCAAGGAAGACCCACUGGAGGACUACCAAGAAGAUCAGGAGCAAGAAAUUGAGGAUCAUGGAGGGGAGGUGGAUGACACAGAUGACCUGGAGCUUGUCCAAGAGCGGAAGGACCGUGGGUGAAUGCAGGGAGCUGGUGGCAAGAAGGAUGACUACUUCUGAGAGCUGCUUCAGAAAAAUGGGAUACUCCAGGAAUAAGGGGAUGGGAACUCCUCCUGGGAACUGGCCCCUGAAUGAAACACUGCCCAGAACAAAGGCAGGAGGAGGAAACUCUAUGCAUGCCCUUGCAGGGGGUUUUCAGAGGAUAAUUCCAUGUCGGUGUGGGGCCACUGCUGCCUCCCAAGGCGAUUCUCAGACUGGGAAUGAUCUUACCCUGCUGCUUUUCUUAGAAGCACUCUUUGACUUACUGUGUUCUUUGCCUUCUUGUUUUUCACAUCCCCUUUCGAAGCUGGAGAGGGGUCUUUUGGUUGGUUUUGGGGGAUAUUUUUUACCCCCCUGGGCAGUGGAGGGAUGCCUGAGCUAGUCCCUGGACUCACUCAACUGAUCUCUAAUACAAAGGAAUCUAUCUUCAUAAAUUAUUUUGCUCACUAGUGUUUCUUUAACACACCCUUUGCUUCCCUCUUAGUAGGGUGGGGAGGGAAUCGGAGGAAAUUUCCUGUUCUUUGUCUGGAGCUGUGCAAGAGCACACACCAUGGCCAGCAGUGGGAGUGUGUGUGUGGAUGUGAACACCUGCAGCCCCUUUCUGGUGCAGAGGCCCUCCAGAGACUCGGAGCAGAUCCUUGGCGAGUUCUCCUUGCUUUGCCUUUGAGCUGGGACAGUCUUGCUGGGCUCAGAGUGUCCCCAUGGAAUGUAGUGCAUCUUCCCUAACCUUGUUGCUGGAGGUGAGGGCCGGUCUGAGCUGAGAGAGGCUCUUCCCCAUGGGGAUGGGGACAGCCACACCAAGAAAUGGGAAAGAAGGAAUAUUUGCAGCCCAGCUAAUACAGUUCCAACUGCAAUAAGUUUGGCUUAUUUCCAGUCUCCCAACAUUUGACAGGGACCUAAGGUAAAUUUUGCUUCUAGACAGGUUUUAAUCAGCAAGCUGGGUAUUGUUGAUACAGUAGAUUCAAUCCUGUGGUACUUCAUUUGGCCUCCGAAAGACAUCCUACCUGACCUCAGGGACAAAGAAGGAACCUUCAGCUGGAAUCCCUGGAAUUUAAAAUGAAAAGGAGAAUGGGCCUAAUCACGAUAUCUCAAAGUCAGAGAUGGGCAGAGCUGUCCCACUCACUGCCCUGUGUCAGAGCCGUGUGCCUGAGCUGUCUCCUUCUUCCUCAUCACCAUGUUGGAAAUCCCAGACUCCAGGACCUCAGUCAUCAAACACAGCUUGUGGCUGAAUGUCAUCACCUGGUAAAAAUUCAGAGGAAUUUUGUUCUCUAUUUGAAUUAGCUGAGCUCUUUUAAUCCCCUGUUUCUGGCAUAUUUUGAAAGCACUUUUAGAUACUGCAGAAAACAAUAUUUCCUGACAAGCUCAGCGUUUUUCAUUCUGACAGCAUUGAUUAUUUUUUCUUCCACUGCUUGGAAAUUACAUUUCAUAGGACUUUUUUGUUCUUCGUUUUGAUUCUGCUUGUGUUUCUUAUCAGUACAAUCAGCUGUGCAAGUCCAACUUUGGUGUAAAGUAUAGAAUAAGGAAAGGGAAAAUUUUAGGAAAUUAUCCUUUAGCCAAGUGCCAGAGCCCAGUAAGGAGCUCACUACAGAACUCUAGUGGGGUUUAAGAUAUCCAAAAUGCCCUGAGAUGGUUAAAGCUGCAUUGGUGCUUUCUCUUGCCAGCCCUGCUGUGAUGCAAGGCCCCUCCUCUAUGAAUAGCACACUCACAGCAGAUCAGCUGAGGCUGCAGUUGCUGCUUCAGAGCAUCCUGAUCAAAACUGCCUUCCAUUCCCAGGUCAGAGCAGCAUCCCUGACCACCCAGCCCAUGGCCCCAGUGCCAAAGCUCCGUGUCCAAGCUGCCCCAGCUGUGUUCAACACAGCUCUCCCUGCCUGCUCCACUUCCUGCUCUCCCUUAGCCUGGCACUGUCAGGUUCACUGGAAGCGCAUCAAACACUGGAAAUAGAAGCCCAGUGGGGGUGAGGCUGCUCACUGAUUCAGGCUGCAGGAUAAUCUAAAUAAGGAGGCAGAUUCUCUGUGUUUGCCUGUCUAGGCUGAGUAAUCCUCAAAGUUAUGACUUGGAGGGAACUGAAGCAACUCAGGCCUGAAUGCAAUGCUCCCAGCUUGGAGGAUGCUUUAGGAACCAUAUGUCAUGUGCUGCCCUCAGCUGAGAGCAAACAUCUCUGCCCUGGGGAUUGUCUGCCCUGGCCAUAUCUGAGACUAAAAUUAGCAGAGUGUUACAUAAAUUGUGAGCUGUAGAUUGUCAGUGCUUCCUUGCCUGGCCCAGAGUGAGUGUUAAUACUCAUUCAAUAUUUCCUCUAAGAAGAUACAAUAAACCCAGUGAGGAGAAGCAGAAAAGCCAGAACCCCAUGGUGCUGGGUCUGUCUGGAGGCCUGUAAAGCAAUCUGGGAUGCUGCUGGGGGUUCACAGUUUAGAGCAGAUUACAGGGUUUGGCCUGAGCAGCAGAAUGCUGAAGCAAUGGGUUUUACUGCAGAGUGAAGCACAGAACAAGGUCUUAGGAAACAGAUGGAUUGCUAGGAGAACAAAUAAUGACACACAAGAUUCACAGGGAGCAUUCAUGGGCGGGCUGACCAAGCCAAAGCAUGUGGGUCUGCUUGGCUCCGGCAUAAAUAAUUGGGUUUUUGCUCAGACACAGUGCAAGGCCAUAAAAAGGUGUAGUUAACCUCUAGUGUUGAAACUCUUUUUAUGGGUUCAGGGCCUUCAGUGCUUCAGGCCAACCACUUUCUCUCCCUGCACCACACUCCAGUCAGACCCUUGGACCUCCCACUGGAACUCAGAAUGAGUUGUUAAACACAAGCAACCACAGAGGUUGGUGCCAGAUCUCCCCUUGGACAUGGAAACGACGACAGCUCUGGAGAACAAUCUGCUCUUUAUCACUGUUAGGAGAAGGACACAAAGUUUGAAGGAGGAAAAACUUGCUUGGUUUGGCUCCAGCUACUUCCUAAACAUGCUUGCAUUUCUCAGGAAGGGCCAUCCAGUUUUUGCAUCCUGGCUGGAAUUCCACAGGUAAAUUUGUCAAGAUGUGCCUUCAGCAGCACAGCACCUGUUCUUGCUCCAAUAUCUGAGUAUUUUCCAAGCCAUAACUGCACCUUCAGCAUCCUCUUCUAUGCUGAUCCUAUCUUUUUAUUGAUUCCCAUUGAUCCCUCUUGGUAUCAAAAGAGAUUUCUAGCAACUUCCCAUAGGCUAGCCGACACCCCCAUUAAAUCUGGUGGAAAACUAGAUGUGGAAAUAACUUGAAAUACUUGAUAUUGGUAAAUUAAAGGUUUCCUUAGGAACCAUACACUUGAAAAACACAGUCUUU